CACCAACAGAAGCAUCUUCCUGUAACAUAUUCAGCGAACCGUUAUAUCAGUGUGCAAUACGCAAUCCUUGGGCUAAACAGGGACUGCUUUCGUCAUCCAACAUACAGGCCCAAGUCCUGGAUUGCGCAAUUGCGCAAUUUUUAUAGCUGCAUACAGAUCAGCCUUCUAUAUCGGACGCCCUGCACUUUUCCUUCGAGCCAUGUUUCAACCAACCGCUCGGAUUCCGACUGCAGCAGCAGCAGGGCUCCGAAUCGCCCCUUCCGCAGUUCCUCCGCAUGCCUCAUCAGCCACCCAGGCCCCCUGCGCCCCCACAUCCUCGCCCCCCUCCUUCCCGUCCAUGCACCGCCUCACCCGCAACCACAGCAGCUUCAGCCACAUCAGCUACUGCCACAGCGUCACCGUCAGCCGCAGCCACCGCCACUGCCACCACCACAUCCAGACCACACCCUCCGCCGCUGCUCCUUCAGCGGCACGUUCCUUCAGCAGCACCGCUACAGCAGGCCCGAGCUCUCCGCCUCCGGACAGCCAGCCCGCAUCCACACUCCCAGCAGGCCCCGCCCCGCGCUCCCUUGGAUUCCGCAUGCCCGGCGAGUUCGAGCCGCACGCGGGCACCUGGAUGGCCUUUCCGUACGACCCGCACCUCUGGCGCGAGGCUGCCGUACCGGCGCAGCAGCAGAUGGCGGCGCUGGCGGCGGCAGUGGCGCAGUUCGAGCCGGUGUGGAUGGUUGCGGACCCCCGGGUGGCGCAUGUGGCUCGCCGGCUGCUGCGGGAUGUGCCCGGGGUGGAGGUGCUGCCGCUGCCCACCAACGACGUUUGGACCAGGGACUGGGGACCCACGUGUGUCGUACGGGAUGACCUGGAGUCGGGCAGUCGCGAGGUAGCUGCCGUACUGUGGGACUACAACUGCUACGGAGCGCCCAUCAAGAAGGAGUGGGGCAAGCCAGUGCUGCUUCCCGACUGGUCCGCUGACAAGGCGGCGGGCGGGCAGCUGGCUGCGAGGGCGGGGCUGCGCACCUUCCGCUGCGAGCUGCACUUGGAGGGCGGGUCCAUACACUGUGACGGGCUGGGCACGCUGCUGGCCACCGAGGAGUGUCUGCUGCACCCCUCCCGCAACCCGCACCUCUCCCGAGCCGACAUAGAGGCCCAGCUGUGCGAGUUCCUGGGGGCCACGCGGGUGGUGUGGCUGCGGAAGGGCAUGGCGGGGGACGAGAAGGGCACCAACGGCCAUGUGGACAACGUCGCCACCUUCUCCGAGCCCGGCACCGUGCUCCUCGCCUGGUGCGACGACCCACGGGACGCUCAGCAGCACCGCGUGUCACAGCUCAACCUCGAGGCGCUGCAAGCCGCCGGCGUGGAUGCCACGGGUCGGCCCCUGCGAGUGGUCAAGGUGCCUUGCCCCGAGCCGCCCAUUGUGGUGACGGAGGCGGAGGCGGGCGGGCUGGCGGCGCGCGCAGCGGCGGCCGGGUACGGCGGUGUCGCGGUGGCUGGAGUACGACUGCCUGGAUCGUACAUUAAUCAUUAUGUGGUGAAUGGAGGUGUGGUGGUACCGCAGUUUGGAGGAGAGCAGAGUGACAGCGACGCCGCCGCCCUGUCGGUGCUGUCCGCCGCCUAUCCCGGCCGGCGGGUGGUGGGGGUGCUGACUCGGGAGCUGCUGCUUGGGGGCGGUAACGUGCACUGCCUUACACAGCAGCUGCCGACGGGGUGGCGGGGGAGGCAUGUUUUAGGCGAAAAGAGCUAGUUGGGAAUGUUAGACUCUCUAGACUCUCAACAAUAGAAGGACGUUGUGGCUGUGGCAUGUUGGCAUGGGUUAGGAAGCGGAAGUAACAUGGGUUAGACGCGGUGGAGACCGAGGUUGUUGGGAUUGCUGGUUCAGUACAACCUUGCGUAAUUAAGCGACUGGUGUCUUGGAAAGAAGGCUAGAAGGUGUUGGGACACUCCUAUGCUCAAGAGAAUCAACUGUGACUGCAGCUGCCAUUAGAGGGAUUACGGUAUGGGCGCAGUGUUGCCGCAUUACCAAUUGUUGUCACUUUUGGUUUUUGCAUAGGUCAUAUCGAGCCGAGCGCCUAGGACAUGCCCUGAUAACGACCUCGUCUGCAGUUAAUACCUGCACGAAACUAGCG